AUGCCUCUCCGGCGCCCGGAGGAGCCGAGAGCGCCCGCUUCCCCCGAGCCUCCCUGCGCUGUCCUGCUCGCUCAGCCCGGCCUCCCAUGGCUCAGCCCGGGUGCUGACCGUCUGAAGGGCGCUGCGGGAGAGUCUUUACCUUCCCGCCGCUGCCCCCGCCUUUCACCCGCGCCAGGGCUGCUGCCUCUGCCGCCGCAGCUCCUGCUGCUGCCGCCGCCGCCGCCGCCGCUGGCCUCGGCGCGGCGGGAAAAGGCUGAGGGCGGGGAAGGUCCCUGGCUGGGCCGGCCGGCUGCUGGCGGGCUCUUCUCGGAGGCGGCCUGCGGCUCCGCCAGCUGCUUCUCUUCCACUCCAUCUCCAUCCCCGGGAGCGUAUAUGAGCGCUGCCUUUCCACCCUCCCUGAUGAUGAUGCAGCGGCCCCUGGGUAGUAGCACUGCCUUCAGCAUCGACUCGCUGAUCGGCAGCCCUCCCCAGCCCAGCCCGGGACACUUCGUGUACACCGGCUACCCCAUGUUCAUGCCUUACCGGCCGGUGGUGCUACCCCCUCCGCCCCCGCCGCCCCCCACGCUCCCGCAGGCCUCCCUGCAGCCGGCCCUACCGCCCGCACAUCCCCACCACCAAAUCCCCAGCCUGCCCACCGGCUUCUGCUCCAGCCUAGCACAGGGCAUGGCCCUCACCUCCACCCUCAUGGCCACUCUGCCCAGUAGCUUCUCGGCUUCGCCCCAGCACCAGGAAGCGGCCCGCAAGUUUGCGCCGCAGGCCCUGCAGGGCAACUUCGACAAGGCAGACGGCAUCCCGGCCGAGUCAGAGGAUGGCAAAGCUUUCCUGGCCAAGGAAACCUCUCUGUUGUCGUUCUCGGCUUCCGAGGCGGUGCAGGCUUCCCUCGUGGGGGCCAUCAGAGGCCAGGGUAAAGACGAGGCCAAAGGCGAGGACGAUUCCAAGGGCAAAGACGAGAGCUUCUCCAUGGACAGCGACCUGGACUACAGCUCGGACGACAACAUCCCCAGCCAAGCAGCGCACAAGGAGGAAGACUUGGCCACGGCCCUGGAGGAGAAUCCCCAGAGCAGCAGCAGCAGUAGCAGCAGCAGCAGCAGCUCGGGCAGCACCACCUCCACCGGCAAAAACCGGCGGAGGCGGACGGCCUUCACUAGCGAACAGCUUCUGGAGCUCGAGAAGGAAUUCCACUGUAAGAAGUAUUUGUCCCUGACGGAGAGGUCGCAGAUUGCCCACGCUCUCAAACUCAGCGAGGUUCAAGUGAAAAUUUGGUUCCAAAACCGCAGGGCCAAAUGGAAACGGGUCAAAGCCGGCAACGCCAACUCCAAGACCGGGGAGCCCUCUCGGAACCCCAAGAUCGUUGUCCCCAUUCCGGUGCAUGUUAGUCGUUUCGCCAUCAGAAGUCAACACCAGCAACUGGAGCAAGCCAGGCCCUGAGCGGCUAAGGGCUCCCUCGUCAACCUCCCCAGUCCCAACCCCAGCAGGUGCCAGGAAAGGCAAGACCACCCCCCACUCCCUACCAACACACACACACACACACACACACACACACACACACACACAAACACACACACCCCGGGACAAAGGAGGAGCCGAAGAAAAGCAGAGUCCUAUCUGACUCUCAGAACUGUUUGAAAAACAAAACGUUUAACAAAACAAACAAAAACAAAGAGGUGAAUGUUGGACAGAGCAAGUAAAUUGAGAAUAUAUUAAUUUCAGAUAAUGCUGAAAAACUAUUUUCGGAUGAGGGAAACAUCGGAAUCUGGACAGAGGCACUAAGUAUUAUUCUAUCUUACUUUGUAUAUAGUUAAUGUAUCUAUACCGAAUCUCAGCUGCAGGAUUUUUUUUUUUUUGACUAAUGGGACCAACUCCCCCAGUUUCAUGAAGGUCUUACAUUCCAGAAGAAAACAAGAUAAGUACCAAGCCGAUAACCUGCGGUAUGCACAAGCCAACGU